AUCGAGCCGAAAAGGUGCUAUUGGUUAUUAUAUACCAGCUGGUGAAGCGCAACACAUUACACAACAUGAUAUUCAAAAAUACAAGAAAAAAACCUGGAACUCCUUUGAUCAAUUCAAGAUUCUUCAAUUCGGUAAUUGGAAAGUGACUUUAUCUAAUGAUGGAACGGAAUGGAAAAGUGGCACUUGCAAUUGUCCCAACUUCUUCAAAGAAUUUAUUUGCAAACAUGUCAUUGGAAUGGCUAUUAAGAUUGAAGUCUUGUAA